AUGGACAUGCCUCAACGCUCCACCAGCAGCUCAUCGAGCGCUUCCAACUCGACGAUGCAGCCUUCGCCUUCUCAGAGCUACGUGCCUGCACCCAGCCCACCCAUGGGUCAGCAGUCCAGCGGCACCGACAUGUUCCUGAGGGACUUCAACCUGGUCGCCGAGGCCGCCAAGCGCGCCCAGAUGGCCGUCAUGAUGCGCGACCUUGACGACUUCUGCAUUUCCUCGGAGGCCUAG